AGAAAAUCUAAAAUCUCAGCCUCCCGCAAGCUUAUGCUAAAGAGCUUGAUGGUAGCCAGAGCUAAGGAGGAUCUAGAGCAGGAGAUGGAAGAAAAAGAGGAGCAGAAGGAAAAGUACCUGGAAGAAAAAUCUCCUCCAAUACAGACCAGUAGCAUGUCCUUAGAGGAACUACAGACAUUAUGUCAAGAGCUGCAUGCCAAAAUAGAUGUGGUGGACGAGGAGCGCUAUGAUAUUGAAGCCAAAGUCUUGCACAACACCAGAGAGAUCAAAGACCUAAACAUCAAGGUACUGGACCUGCGAGGGAAGUUUAAGAGGCCCAACCUGAGAAGGGUUAGGGUGUCUGCUGAUGCCAUCCUGCGCUCCCUACUAGGCUCUAAGCAUAAGGUCUCUUUGGAUCUGCGAGCUAAUCUCAAAUCAGUCAAGAAGGAAGACACAGAAAAGGAGAAGACAGCAGAGGUGAACGACUGGAGGAAGAAUGUGGAAGCCAUGUCGGGCAUGGAGGGCCGCAAGAAAAUGUUUGAUGCAGCAAAGGGCCCCAGCCAGUAG